AACAAAUCAUGGAAUCAGCCAGGCUGGAAAAGCCCUCUGAGACCAUCGAGUCUGAACCAGCACUGCCAAGGCCACCACUAACCCACAUCCCCAAGUGCCACAUCCACAGGGCUUUUAAAUUCCUCCGGGAAUGGGGACUCCACCACUGCCUUGGGCAGCUGUGCCAGGGCUGGUUCAAUCCCUGGAUGAGCCAUUCACUUAAGAGUUGGACUUUGAUGAUCCUUGUGGGUCCCUUCCAACUCAGAAAGUUCUGGGAUUCAGUAAACCCUUUCCAUGAAGAAUUUUUCCCUAAUAUCCACCCUAAACCUCUCCCCUUGGCUCAAAAGCAUCAUCCUUGCCAGGGAAGGAUUAGGCUCUCCAUAAUUUUUAUCCGUUUCAUCCAUUUUAGGCACCUCUGUGCUUGUUCUCCCGGAGCUCAGAGUCGCUCCUGUGGGAUCUCUCCGCUGGCUGUUCCAGAGGGAUCUGCUGGUCCCCGUGGGACCUGUGCUGGCUGCACCUCUGCCUGGAGGGAGAAGGUAAACAGAGAGUGAGGUGUUCACGGAACAAACGGCUCUCGGUACCGGGCGAGGGAAAAUUAUCUCACCAGAAACAGAUAAAGGGAAGGGGAGGUUCGUGUGGUGCCAACCAGGCCUCUCCUGACUCCAUCCGUGACGUAGGCGCUGCCUCCAGCUAAAAGUGCCCCGUGCCCUGGCUGCCUGCCCCACACCCGGCUCGGGGAGGCUCCUGCUCGCCUGGCACCAUGUCCGUCACCAUCUGCCAGUCCAUGGGCUUCGUGGUGUCUGCCCUGGGCAUCGGGGGCAUCAUCGCAUCCACCUGCAUGGACCAGUGGAGCACCCAGGACCUGUACAACAACCCGGUGACCGCCGUGUUCAACUACCAGGGCCUGUGGCGCACGUGCGUGCGGGAGAGCUCCGGAUUCACGGAAUGCCGAGGGUACUUCACCAUCCUGGGGCUGCCAGCCAUGUUCCAGGCCGUGAGGGCACUCAUGAUCGUGGGCAUCGUCCUGGGCAUCCUCGGCCUCCUCGUCUGCAUCUUUGCCCUCAAGUGCAUCCGCAUCGGGACCAUGGAGGACUCUGCAAAAGCCAACAUGACUCUGACCUCUGGCAUCAUGUUCAUUGUUGCUGGCCUGUGUGCCAUCACCGGCGUGUCCGUGUUUGCCAACAUGCUGGUCACAAACUUCUGGAUGUCCACCACCAACAUGUACCAGGGGAUGCAGAACGUCCAGAACAGGUACACCUUCGGCUCAGCCCUCUUCGUGGGGUGGGUGGCCGGCAGCCUGGCCCUCGUGGGGGGCAUCAUGAUGUGCCUGGCUUGCAGAGGGCUCAUUCCAGAGGAAUCCCGGUACAAAGCCGUGUCCUACAACGCGUCAGGACCGAACAUCUCCUACAGAACGGGGCCCUACAAGGGCUAUGAGCCCGACCCAAAGACCAGGAAGGGCCCAGGGUAUGAAGAAGCUCCUCGGAGUGAGGAGGGAAGACGCUCCUACCCUUCCAAACACGACUAUGUCUAGCAGACCCUCUGGGCUCAGCUUGUGCUCUCUCGUGUAUUUGUAACUUCAGAAGCAAAAAGUGCAGCAACCAAAGCAGUCUGUGAACAGGAUUGUGUUUUCUGUCGUGUUUUCUACUCUGAGGUUGCAUCCUGGACAUCAGUUUUAUUGGACUGCCUGCCACGAGGAGGUCUGUAACAAAACACUGCCUUCUGGUGCUCUCAGAGUAGAACAUUUUGCUCCUGUUUUAUGUAUAAACUGAUAUCCAGGAGCGGUGCCUUGUGCCCUUUCCCAGUUAUUCCAAUAGUGAAAAUUCCCCUUUAAUAAUAGCUGUGUAUUUGAAGUAAAUUCAGCUGUGUCCCUUUGGAUGUGCCCAAUGCAAACAGACCCCACAGUCAUGGAAUUCUCCUCCCUGGUGACUGUUCCUGCUCAGUCACACCUUUGCUUUGCUGGUUGUACUGAUCUGCUGGGAGAUUUAAUCUGAUUUAUGUUCCUUAGACAUUUGCUGUAACCCGUGAUACCAAAGUGUAUUUAUUUCUUCUGAUCUCUCCAGGGAAUAUGAAUAAUCCAUUGUUAUUCCUACAACAGAUCUUUGCUGUAACAGCUCCAAACCUCUGUGUGUGACCAGUGUUCCUGCAGAUGUCAUCUUUAAUGAGGCCAGGAGAGUUUCUCAUUUAGAAUUAAUUACAGUUACAUUUGGAGCAGAAAUCCCAGGGAGCAUUAGAUAUUUAACUCCACACCGACACCAGGACUUGCUUGUGUUAAUUCUUCCCCCAGUGAUGUGAAGAUUAACUCCUUGGUGGGAUGUUGCCUCCUCCAGCCAAGCCAUCAGAGAGGGAGUUGAUUUUUGAAGGGGUCAGAGGAAGGGAUGUGAGAGCUGAGGUGGGAGGGCAGAGCUCUGUGCUGUCACCUGGCUCCAGAGCACAUCCUGACAAAGCUCUGCCCAGUGCCCGUGAGCAGAGCAAAGGCAUGAGUUGGAGAGAGAAAAGGGCUCCAAACCCUCCCAAGUGGCCACUUUGGUGGGCACCUGCAGGAGGUUUUGGCACCACUUGUCAUGGUUGGUUAUCGGUUCUCUGCAGGAGUUCACUGGCACAAUGGUUUUGGUGAAAUGCUGGUGUUGGUUUGAUGUUCUGGAGGGUUCAGAGUGGAGCUGAACGUCCCUCCAGAGCUGGGCCUUUGGCGGGUGAAGCUGCCACCAGGCUGGUGGCAUCUCUGGUGGCUGGCAGGGAUAGAGGGGGCAGGCUGUGCUCCCAGUGGGCACAGUCUGGGUCCACCACCUCCAUGUCCAUCCCUGCUCCAGGACCAUCCCCUGUCCCCAACCCCCAGGUCCCCACAGCCACCAGCCCAGAGGCAAAUCCCAGCAAGGUUCAGGAGGGGGGAAGCUGCUGCCCCUGGGGAAGGUCAGCAGGAGGAGGAGGGAACACCUGGGAGCUCAUGGCUGGAGAGAGGUGGGAAGAGCUUCCAUCCAGCUCUUGGAUGAAGAGCUCUUGGUCCCUCUCAGGCUGGACAUUGGCCCCUCCUGCCACCUGGGAUAAAUCCCUGCUGGAUAUCAGGGCUCACCCUCCCUUUCCUACUACUGAUGGGCUUGUUUGAAGGAUCUGUUUUUAAAGGAGAACAAUUCAGUUUUUUGCAGAGGUAAAUCCUGUUCUAUCUUAAAAACCUUGACACUCUUUUCCAUGGUUUUAUCUCCACUCUCAGUAUAAACUUAGAUUUUUCUGCUUUUUUUUAUUUUUUUGCAUGCUGGAUUUAUUUUUUGGCUUGUUUGUUUUGUUGGUCGUUGUUUGUUUUUUUUUUUUUACGUGAAUAUUAAAAAAGAAAAAUCUUAAAGACCAAAAUCACUGUUUCCAGCUGU